CACAAUGUCAUAUGAAACAGUGAUGGGCUAAGUUAAGAGUAGCUUCGUCUAUGGAAGUGAGAGAAAACACAACCUCUAAUAUCAGCCACUGGCUAUUUGGGCAAGAUUAGACACCGACACCAGGCGUCAUCUCACCACGCCUACUGUAAAUGAAAACAGUCCCCAUCAUGACUUCGGGUUUUGAUGAUGAGAAUCCUCUGAGACUAACAGACAAGACACCCAAAGACAUGCCUGACAGUGACGACUAUUGUGCAGUUUGUAUGGACAGUAUACAGGGCAGAAAAACGUCGAAAUGCAAUCAUUCCUUUUGUCUAAGUUGCAUUGACGCUGCCUUCAAAGUGAAGCCUGCCUGCCCGGUGUGUAAUGCAUUCUACGGGACCCACUACGGAACGCAACCUAACGAUGGAGUUAUGAAAGUUACCCAAUGUUGGCAGAGUCUACCGGGCUACGAGGGCCAUGGCUCUAUAGUAAUCCACUACUCCUUUCCACCCGGAAUCCAAGGGCCUGAGCAUCCGAAUAUGGGGAAGCGGUAUGCGGGCACCUCUCGUCAGGCGUUUCUGCCGGCAAAUGCGGAGGGACAGCUGGUGCUGCGGCUGCUGCAGGAGGCCUUCAGGCGGAGGCUGGUCUUCACCAUCGGCACCUCAGCCACCACCGGCCUCUCCAACGCCAUCACCUGGAACGACAUCCACCACAAGACCAACACCGGUGGAGGACCCGCACUCUUUGGCUACCCGGAUCCAGGCUACCUGACUCGGGUUCAGGAGGAGUUACAACAGAAGGGGAUUACUGAAGACAGCAUGCAGAACACAGCCACGGACAGGGACGGUUUAUGAUUUCAUGGCCCCCUGGUCCAGACAACAGGAAAGGGGCCCACACUCCAUGGAAUGGUGAGGUCCCAAAGGUUUUUGGGGUUUUGCAAAGCACAGCGCCUAUUUGAGUGCCUUUUUGUUUUUGUUUGAGAAAUUGCAAUUUUAGCACAAUAUGAGAACAUGAAUAUAGACAAAUAAUUAAGUGUUUUUUGUAGCACGCUCUUGGCUCUUGGGCCCCUGCACCUGGGCACACUUGGGCCAGUGCAGUUAUCCGUCCUUUGCCACGGAGCCCUAAAUGCCUCAUGGACAUCACGGGAAUGGCAGUCACCUGCGGGCAUCUCAGUGUGACAGGCCCUUGGUUCCCUCUCUAUUCAGUAAAUAUUGCAGUGUUAAUUCAACACUUAGAGAUUCACACUCAGCACCGUGCUGUUUGUCCUAUUCUUUAAAGGAUAACUUCAGCCAAUUUCAACAUGCAGUUAUAAUGCUCACACUACCCUGGACUUGUCAGUACCUGAGAUUUUUUCCCCCUCUUCAGCCUUUUCAGAGACCCUGGUCAUUGUAAUGGGGGCAGGUAUUUGUUUACAUUUAAAAAAAAAACAUCUUUAUUUAUUUGCAAAAAAAUCCAAAAGAUUAUGCAACAUCCGCAGACAACUAGCAAACAGCGAUAGCUUUUGGGAAAAUAUUUGGAGUAGGCCUAUGUUAAAGUUUUUAAUGUAUACAAAAUCUGCCCCCAUUAGAAUAGCUCAGAUCUCAGAAAGAGCUGAGCUGAAAAAUGCAGCAUCAUCGGGUACUGACAAGUCAAGGGUAGCGUGAGCAAUACAACAGCAUAUUGAAAUCGGCAGAACUGCUCCUUUAACCCUUUCAUGCAGAGCCUAUAUUAUGACCUUUUUAUCACCAAACCAAAAGGAUAAUGACCAUGACAUUAAUAGGUUACUUAAGACUCUUGGCAAUGUCAUAGCAAUGUUAUGAUACACAUUUCUGUUGUACAGAUAUCAGCCUUGGCAAUGUGAAGACGUCCUUGCCAGUAGGGUCCUCGGCAAUGUCAAUGCCGCUUCCCUGUAGAGUCAAAAGCCAUGCCAGUAUGCAGCAUAUGAUCAUGCUGUUUGCCUUAAGCAAUGUUAGGGCUGCUAGCCUGCUGUCCUACAGUGGAGUUUACAGGAAUAUCAAUGACAUUGUUUAAUGUGAGAUCUAACUACUGGAAUGUAGAAAUGUAGUUUAAUGUUGAGAGGUGUAACAUAAAAAUUGUAUGUCAAUCAAGGUCAGUCUGACCUUUUUCAACAUGAAUUUCUGCAUUAUUUACCACUUAAUCUCACUCACUCCUAAUUUAUCUUAGUAAUGUAAAGAACGAUGCAGUGUGUGCCAGUGGACCUAAAGGACUAGAUUAACACAUGUCAUGUCUGGCUUAAUAAAGGACUAUGAUUACCA